AUGGAGCUCCAAAACAUUUUUUUCUGCUUACUCGAAUCUUAUGCUCUAGUUUAUCUCGGUUCCAAACUAGUUUAUUCAUACAGGUUCAACUCCCAUGCUUCCAAAACAAAGCUUCAGAAGAACUCUUCUGGGAGGCUGCCUUUCCAGUUUCUCGAUUUUCAGGGGUAUGGUUCUCCCACUUUCGCUCAAAUUGGCGCCUUUUUCACUCCAACUCCCACUAUCGAUCGUCUCGGCAAUGACAUUUACUCCUUUUUGCAAUCAUCCCCCUCCUCCAUGGGCGUUGACCACGAUAUUGUUAAGCUUUCUGACAAAUCGAUUAAAUUUCGUGCGUUUCCACCUUCCUCAUUUUUUUCAGGUGUCUCUGGCUUCGUUGAUGGUCUCGUUGACGGCAAGCCUCUCACCAUUCUCGUUGGAACUACUUAUGGCAAUCGAUUCGACAUUCUUCUUGAAAAGGUCGUUUCUGCUAGUGACAACCGAUUUUCCUUCCCUCUUCCCAGGGGCAAGUUUUACAUUAAGACUGAGGGCAGUGGUUACUUCAUUCCCGGCGUCAAAAGGGUCAUUCUUCCCUGCAAGUCUGAUAAGUGCAAAUUUGUAAACGACGCUUUCACUGACUCCAUCGGGGUUCAGCUUGCUCCUGAUGACGGCUCUAUUUACACUUAUAAUUGGAAACUUCAAAACAGUUCUCAAUUCGGCAUAGAAUCCAUCAACAAGAUUCCUCAGGACGAAUCUUCUCUUCUCUCUCCUCAGUCUACUGUCUUAUCACAUGUCGACGCCUCGGACGCUGCUGCCAAGCUAAAACUUCUGUUUGGUGUUGAGCUUCACGGGAUUUGGGGGUCUGAAUAUGCCAACAGGCUCUUGAGCGUUUUUCUCAAGUUCGAUUUUCUAAAGCGAAUUGACUCUGAGGGGCUAAAGAACCAGAAAUGGGUACUCACUGAUGAGACCCUUUUUCCUCAGGACAUUGAAAUUACUAGGAACGAGCCCACUGGUGAUGACGACGGCAAGAAUCACAACGUCGUUGAGGACUCUCAGUAUGAGCAGAUCGUCAAAAUUUCCAGGGAAGCUUUCAAGUUUGCUACUAAGAUUGCCAUUGACAAGAAGCGAAACGGCUUCUACUUUUCCAGGCGGCUCUACAAGUCCGUCAUCAGGGCUCUCUGCUUACACAGUCCUAACAACAUGCGCAGGCUCUUCAGAAAUGUGCACAACGUCGAGAUUUUGGAGCCUAACGAGAUCGAGCACAUGAUUCGUGAAAACCGUUCCUUCACUCACUAUCCUAGCGGACACUAUCAGAGCUGGCUAAAGCAUCCUGAGGAGCUCAUUGAGGUCCUCACUAGCUGGAUGGAGUAUCCUUCCGGUCUCCACAAGGUAAAGGGGCUCAAGUACUUUUUGAGGCGUCAGGAUGGCAUGGUGAAUCCUGAGGAGCCCACUGCUCCUGCUAUUGCUUAUCCCAGGGGGCCUGACUCUGACUCUUACAUUGAGUUCAUGGAGUCUGGUUUCCACAACUACUUUGACGUUUCUCAACUGAUUUUACACGAAAUUGGCCAUUUUAUAAACGUGAACACUGUUCCUGAGGAUUUGAAGCAGCAAUGGAGUGACAUUGGUGGCUGGUUCAGGGAUCCCAGCGACCCUGACGGGUGGAGCACUCACAAACAGACUGAGUUCGUUUCUGCUUACGCUCACCAGAAGAACCCUGGUGAGGACUUCGCCUCCAGCUUGGCUGACUACGUUCUCAACCCUAGGCUGCUCAGGUCUCGUUCGACUGACAAAUACAACUUCAUUAAGGACAACAUAAUGGGCGGUGUGCACUAUUUGGUCAAGGCGGCUCACGAGUUCAAGGUUCUCAAUCUCGGCAACGCUGACUACUUUUAUCCUGGCAGGCUAACUGAAAUUGACAUUGCUGUCAACGGCGCUGUGAACGAGCCCAAGAGGGUCAAAAUGACCUUCAAGUUGCUCGAGUACAAGGACAAGGGUCCUGAGGAAAACACCUGUGCCAAGACCAUCAGGUUCAGGCUUUUUUCUGAGAUAGGCACCUUUGAGGACAUUGUGAUAAGGGCUAGAAACGGCUGUUCUCGCGUUUUACAAGGUGAAUUCACCAUUAACCAGAUGAAGAAGAGGGGUGUGUGGACUACUGAUCAGAUUAUCAUCACUGACGACAAGGGUCUUCAGCGAUUCGUUAGCAGUGCUGACUUUGGACUCAGGGUCUGGAUAAACAAUGGCUCCGAAGACUUCCAGGAGCCUAGGGUACUAACUAAUUCUGUGUCACUCGCAAUGGUCAGAAAGGGAGAACACGAAGCCAUUAGGGUGGGCUGGCUGCUGGUCGACGACUUUGAACUCAGGCGCGUCAACGCUGGAUAUGCUGCGAUCAACGGUAAAUCGAGCAAUCAGCACUCGCUCAGCGCAUAUUCUAAGUCCAGUAAUGAGGAAUCAGGGCCCGAUAAUAUUUGGAGGAAGGAUGUGUGGAGCGGCGCGCGGAAGGCUCCCCUCGAGUUGUGUUCAGAAAAUUCUCGAGAUAUUGUGCACUCCCUUCGCGACCCUGACCUUAAAUUUAACACACACAAACUAGCUGGUUUAGAUAACUUUGAGGGCCUUUCUUCCGAGCAGGUUUCCUCCGGCACCUUCAACUGCUACAAGGUCGCAGUCAACGUUCCUAUUACAAAGUCUUCCAGGAGCGGAGACUACUUUCUAACUCAGAUAAUCAACUACGACUUGGCUGGGAACUCGCAGCUUCUCCAGUGGCCAGACAGGGCCGGACCCUUCGUUACUUACAGGAGCUCGAACCCGAACCCUGACAAUACGCCUCCGAAGGUGAACAGCAUCAGAGUCACGAGCAGGCCGACGCACCCUGAAUCACCGGACGGAGAAACUUUGGUUGAGAUUUCCUUUAAUUUGUGCGACUCCGGAAGCGGGAUUUCAUCUCUCUCCGCCACUUUGCGGGAUCCUUUUGGCGCGAACCUGCUCUUGUAUCCCAAGUGGACCGAACACAAGGGCUGCCAGCUCAUCAAGCACACGAAUGUUCUGCCCAAGGGCUCAGUUCCCGGAGUGUGGCACUUGAACAAGAUUUACUCCCAGGACUUUGCAGGCAACGAGCUGUCCGCCGACUUGACUGAACGAAUUUUGGUCGACCCCUCGAGCAACUAG